AUGACAGUGUUGGUAGAUCAUGCCUCUGAAGACUUUCGUCGUUUGUGCAAUCGAUUGCAAGAGAAUGACGAAGAUCUGGACGCAGUCACCGCUGUUUUGAUUCCACGAAUGCGAGAGGACGACUUUUUCCUUCUAGUCCAAAGACUCGCCGCCAACACAACAGUGCAAGACCUGUGGAUUAUGUUUACUGCACCCUUGUCCAGGGCCCAGUUUCAGGCUCUGGGUAGAGUGUUUAUAAAUAACACGCAGAUCAUGGGUUUCCGACUCAUAUGCAACCCUCGGGUUGAGGCAAUCGAUAUGAGACCGCUCUGGGAGGGCCUCUUUCAGUCAAAGGCACUCAAAAAGCUCCUUCUGGGUGGUUUUCAGACGCGACAUAUUGCUAUUGUAACUUUCCUCGCUGGAUGGAAUGGAUUCACCCAACCGAAUGAUGGUACUACUCCAGGAAUCGAUCUAUCCAAUUGCUUCAUUGGGACACUGGAAACCGAUGCCAUUGUAAAAAUGCUCCAAAAAGAAGACAUGAACAAUUUCCGCUUUCACAUCUACAAAUGCCAAUUUGAUUUGCCUGAAAACAGCACCGAUCCGCGAAAACAUAUCGCCGAAGCCUUCGCACACAAUACCACGGUCAAGAGUUUCAACUUCAGAGGUUCUCUCGGAGACUCAACUUGUGCCCGGGCCUUUGGUAGUGCCAUUGCAGUCAACAAGACUCUUUGUAGGGUCUCCUUUAAGGAGUGCGGUGACCUGGCAGUGCCACUUAUCACUCAGGGCAUUGUUCAGAACCACAGACUCCUCGCUGCCCAAGUCCAAGGCAGCUCCACUCCUCCUUCCGUCCAAAUACAAGAAUGUCAACGACAAAUCAAUCAUUCCAUUGAAUUGAACCGUACUGGACGAUAUCACAUGUACGAUUGUGCACACCAAGGUGGAGAGAUGGAGCUAGAUUCGACAUGGCUUCGCUUUCUCAUUGGUUGUCGUAGCAAAGAACACGCCAUCAUCUAUUCUUGGUUGCGAGACUAUGUUGACAUCUUUGCGAGAUUGGCACUGAGUGGUUUGGCUGGCCAGAAACAAAAAUCAAACGCCAGAAAGGAAGACGAUGGCAGAGGACCCAGCAAGAGGGCCAAGACAGGCUCGAGCUGA